AGCGUCAUAUAGAAAAAGAAGAAAAACCAUCGUGCCUUUCCACUCAGUCACGGUUCCUCGUCUAAAAAUGGCGAUGUUUGCAGCGGUGAAGCGUUCUGCAGUAGCAAAAGGUGUAGGAGGAUGGAGGAGGGCGUUCGCGUCCCUGGCUGUUGGGAGCGAUAUCGUCUCGGCAGCUCCAGGCGUUUCUCUCCAGAAGGCUCGUACCUGGGACGAGGGCGUCUCUUCCAAAUUUUCCACAACUCCCCUCUCUCAUAUCUUCCAUGAGAAGAAAGUGGUCAUCUUUGGCCUCCCUGGUGCAUAUACGGGUGUUUGUUCAGCUCAGCAUGUUCCCAGCUAUAAGAAUAACAUUGAUAAGUUCAAAGCGAAAGGGAUUGAUUCUGUAAUUUGUGUGGCUGUUAAUGAUCCGUAUGUUAUGAACGGGUGGGCCGAGAAGCUCCAAGCAAACGAGGCUAUUGAAUUUUAUGGAGAUUUUGAUGGGAGCUUCCACAAGAGCUUGGAUUUAGGCAUAGAUCUCUCUGCUGCUCUACUUGGGCAUCGUUCUCAAAGGUGGUCAGCUUACGUUGUAGAUGGGAAGGUUAAGGUUCUUAAUGUUGAGAAAGUCCCUUCCGAAUUCAAGGUUUCUGGUGGAGAGGUAAUCUUGGGUCAGAUUUAACUUGUUUGAAUUGCUACCUCUUCUAAAUGAGAUAUAUUCUUCCAGUUUAGCGAAAUAGAGGUGGUAUGAGUUCUGCCCUUUUAACAAUAACAUCGUUUUAUGUAUUCCAUUUGAUCCACAUUCUACUUGACACACAAUACUUUUAUCUUCCAUGUUGGGAAAUAAAUUCUGGUAUAUUACAGUUUUCUCUUCGUAUUCCAUUCCCAUGUUGCCAACUUGCAUUUUCUUUGCCUUCAGGACCUGUUUGGACACAACUUCAAAAAAGCAUUUUUCCUGCAAAAUCGACUCCGAAAACCAAUUGGCUUUUUAGUGCCUUUUUCAUUGGGUGAUUUUGAAACUGGCGGUUUGGCAUGGGUUUCCAAACGGGCCACAAAACAGGGUGAUGUCUACAAACAGCUGUUUGGACGCACGUAGUCCAAACAGCUGUUUGGACGCACGAUAGUCUCAUUAGUUUCCGUUACUCUCUGCAGUUGAAGACCCAAAAGCUUUUACUCUCUGCAGUUGAAGACCCAAAAGUUUUUAUCGCUGAAGUGCAUGUGAGGUCCAUAACUUAAACAUGGUGCAGUGUUCGGUAAUCUUUA